AUGCUGGCUUCCCUGGCAUCCCGCCCGCCGCCGCCGGGGCUGGCGCGGCUCGUCCGGGCUCGGCCGUGGCUGUCGCGGCCGCGGGCGGCGGUGGCUGAGGGGCAGGCGCUGGGCGCGGCCGCUGGGGGGCGCUGCGGGUUUCCCCCGUUAGCAACAGGGCUGAGCCCAGGGGGCUCCCCCUUAGCAACAAUCCCGGGGGGCUCCCCCUUAGCAACAGGCCCAGGGGGCUCCCCCUUAGCAACAGGGCUGAGCCCAGGGGGCAUCCCCUUAGCAACAGGCCUGGGGGGCUCCCCCUUAGCAACAGGCCCAGGGGGCUCCCCCUUAGCAACAGGCCUGGGGGGCUCCCCCUUAGCAACAGGCCCAGGGGGCUCCCCCUUAGCAACAGGCCUGGGGGGCUCCCCCUUAGCAACAGGCCCAGGGGGCUCCCCCUUAGCAACAGGGCUGGGCCCGGGGGGCUCCCCCCUGUCAGCGGGCCUUGUCCCAAGGCGCCUCCCCUCAGCCACGGGCCCAGAGCCGUGGGGUGCCCCCGGAGCCCCCAAAGCGCCCCCAGCAGCGGAGGGGCGCGGGCCGCACGCAGCCGGCCUGGCCGUGCCGCAGGGCCCCGGGCUGCGCCCCUCAGCCCCGGGACAGCCCGUGCCGUGGGCCUCGGGAGCCGAGCCGUGCUGCGGUGCUGGAGGAGAGCCCGGAGGAGAGGGGAGCUGCCCGCCAGGAGCUGCUGUGCCUGCCCUGCUCCUCGCAGCCCUGGCCUACUGCUACGUCAGGGACCACAGCUCCAAAGAAGAAGCUCUGCUGGAAGCUGCAAGGAUGAACAACGUUUCUGAAGUCAACAGGUUGUUGCUGGAAGGUGUGGAGGUGAACACGAGGCACAGGCUGGGCUGGACUGCUCUCAUGGUGGCAGCCAUCAGCAGGAACUCCAGUGUGGUGAAGAUGCUGCUGGCAGCCAAUGCAGACCCAAACCUGGGAGAUGAUUUCAGCAAUGUGUAUGAGACUGCCAAGGAAAAAGGCCUCCACUCCUUAGAAGUCCUCGUGAGCCGGGAGGACGAUUUCAACAACCGCCUCAACGUCAGAGCCAACUUCAGGGGCUGCACAGCCCUGCACUAUGCUGUGCUGGCUGAUGACUACCUGACAGUCCAACUGCUGCUGGAUGGAGGUGCCAACCCCCUGCAGAAGAACGAGAUGGGCCAUACCCCCCUGGAUUACGCCCGGGAAGGGGAGGUCAUGAGCCUGCUGAAAGCCUCAGAGGCAAAGUUCCAGGAGCAGCAGCUCAGGAGGGAGCUGGACGAGCGCCGCAGGUUCCCGCUGGAGCAGCGGCUCCGGGAGCACAUCGUGGGGCAGGAGAGCGCCAUCGCCACCGUGGGAGCAGCCAUUCGGAGGAAGGAGAAUGGUUGGUAUGAUGAGGAGCAUCCCCUGGUCUUCCUUUUCCUGGGAUCAUCUGGAAUAGGGAAAACUGAGCUGGCCAAGCAAACAGCCAAGUACCUCCACAAGGAUGUCAAGAAGGGUUUCAUCAGACUGGACAUGUCAGAGUUCCAGGAGAGGCAUGAGGUUGCCAAGUUCAUCGGUUCCCCACCAGGCUACGUGGGCCAUGAGGAGGGUGGGCAGCUCACCAAGAAGCUGAGGCAGUGUCCAAAUGCUGUGGUGCUCUUUGAUGAGGUUGACAAAGCCCACCCAGAUGUCCUCACCAUCAUGUUGCAGCUCUUUGACGAGGGCAGGCUGACAGAUGGGAAGGGGAAAACCAUCGAUUGCAGGGAUGCCAUCUUCAUCAUGACCUCCAACGUGGCGAGCGACGAGAUCGCCCAGCACGCGCUGCAGCUGCGCCAGGAGGCCACGGACAUGAGCAAGAAAAGGAUUGCAGACAACCUAGAGGAUGUCCAGGCCUCAGAGAAGAUCACCAUCUCCAAGCAGUUCAAGGAGAAGGUCAUUCGACCCAUCCUGAAGGCUCACUUCCGAAGGGACGAGUUCCUGGGCAGGAUCAAUGAGAUUGUUUAUUUCCUCCCUUUCUGCCACUCUGAGCUCAUCCAGCUGGUCAACAAGGAGCUCAGUUUUUGGGCCAAGAAGGCCAAGGCAAGGCACAACAUCACCCUGCUGUGGGACAGGGAGGUGAUGGACGUGCUGGCCGAUGGCUACAACCUGCACUACGGCGCCCGCUCCAUCAAACACGAGGUGGAGCGGCGUGUGGUGAACCAGCUGGCAGCCGCCUACGAGCAGGAGCUGCUGCCCCGGGGCUGCACCCUGCGCAUCGCGGUGGAGGAUUCGGACAAGCAGCCGCUGAGGAGCCGGAGCAGCCCCUCCCCGGGCACGCAGCGAGCGAAGCCGCCCGCGCUGCGCCUGGAGAUCGUGGAGCAGGACAGCAGCAAGUGCCGCAAACUGGACAUCCAGGCGCCCCUCGACCCCGAAAACAUCGCGUAUUUCUUGUAGGGCAACGCUGAGCUGGCCCCGAGUGAGCCGGACAGAGGCGGCUGCGAAGGGGAGGGGAGGGAGGGAGAUGCUCC